AUGUCACGCCCAACUGCCACGCCCAACCAGCCGCAGUACUACGGCCCGUCUGAGACGGCGCUGCUAUUCCUUGACUACCAGAAUGUGCUCUUCGGUAUGAUCACUGACGAGAGUGUCAAGAAGAGCGUCCUUGACUCGGCCAAGACGCUCCUGGCGAGCGCUCGCCAGAACAAGGUCCCCAUCAUCCACUGCCUCAUCAACACAAAGCUCGACCCGCCCCCGACCAGCAAGAUCUACGAGCAGUGGUCCACCAUCCACAAGCCCCUCCUCGAGGCCAACCUAGACCUGGCCAAAGAGCACCCCGACCUGGCUCCUGACGGCAGCGCCAUCGGCCACGAGAGCACGUCGCUCCGAGUGCCUGGUCCUCGUUCCGCUUUUAUAAACAAGGACCUCAUCACGACACUGCGCAAGGAGCUCGGCGUCACAUCACUCAUCCUCGGUGGCAUCGCGACGAGCGGCGCCAUCAUCGGCACCGCCUUGCAGGGCAUCGAUGAGGACUUUGUCGUCACGGUGGUGAGGGACGCGGUCUGGGACCCCAAUUCGGAGGUGGCAUCGCAUCUCCUCGACAUUGUCCUGCCUGUGUCGGGAUACGUCGUGAACACGUCCGAGGCUGUGAGCUACAUGCAGCCCAAGUAA